AUGGCGGGCGAGCGACCAGUUCCUCAACGUCUCGUUGUCUGUGUAGAUGGCAUAUGGUGCGAUACAGACCAGUCCUUGCUAUCUGCCAGCGACAACCAAAACACGACGAACGUGUACCGUCUAUUCGCCUCCGUCUACGGCGGGGAAAUCACCGAUGACAAUGGGAAAAGAUUCCUACAGCAGAAGCGUUACUUCAAUGGGAUCAAAUCUCAUGACCGCGGCUUAACGAUGCCUAGUGCAAUCGCAUCCGGGAUUUCGGAUAAUAUCAGGGAAGUCUACCGAGACUGUUGUCGAUUGACCGGGCCUGAAGAUGAAGUAUGGCUCUUUGGCUUCGGGCGGGGCGGCUUUGUCGUCCAGGCUGUGGCGGGGUUACUUUACCAUAGUAUCGCAGAAGGCAAGGGAGAGCAGGCCUUGGAGAUGGUCAGCGUGAUUCAGAACUUUCGCCAUGCAUUGGCUUUGAAUGAACUUACGCUUGCAGAACACGUAUUCAACACCCCCCGAUUCAAUAUGAACCAGGAACUGCAACGGAACCUGGCUGUGCAAGCCUGGUUUUGGAUGGUCAGCGAAAGCAAGAUGCUAGGUCUGAAGUUUGGAUCUGCUGAAUUCGCCGGCGAUCGGGCCAGUCUUAUGGAUCCUAUCCUGCUCAGAAUUCUCGAAGGCCAUGGCAAUCCUUGGAGUUGUACUACGGACAAUGGGAUACGUUUCGAAAUGGCGGAUAUCCAAAUGUUGCAUGAGGAUGAAAGAUACAGUGUUCGACACGGUCUAGCGAAGCCCAAGGGCGGUGUUCAGAAAGAGAGAAUCCGGACCCCCUUUGAUAAGGGUGGCGGACUGCAGAGCUAUUCUUCAGGCACUACUAUUCACCCCUCCGUCUACCUCCUUCUCGACAGGUACAUUGGCAUUGGAUUGGACAUGCAGAAGUUCCCCUUCUAUGACAACUUGGAAAAGUGGAGGUACAAAAUUUUGGGACAGGAUGUGGAUUUUCCGAAUCAAGGGUUCUGGAACGACGCGGCAAUACAGGACUACAAAGACUUCGGACCUCUUCGCAUUUUAGUUUGCGGCAACACUGGGGUCGGGAAAUCCUCACUGAUCAAUAAGGUAUUUGGCGUGCCUGAUAGUGAAGAGGUGACCAAAAGCUCUAAUAACGUUCGAGCCGAAUAUGCGAAAGAUAUUCCAGUCAUUGUGAUUGCCACGAAGAAGGAUGACUUCGAAAAGAUUCAUUUCAGUGACGGAGUGAUGUCAGCGUUGGCCCAGGGCCAGACGCCUGAUUAUGAGAAUCUGGCUCAAUUUGCGCGCGACCAAGUCAAUAGGCGGCUCCGCGAUCUCGAGAAGCUGAUCAUGAAUUUGGAUGGCGGCCGCUUCGAUGUUUGCGUUGCAGUGUCAAAAGACGAUGAUAAAUCGAUUCAAAGCCUGGUAUGUGAUACCGCGGAAUGCUUUUCUCAUGAGAAGAUCAGACUCCUAUACAUUCGGGCUCAGGUUGCGCGCCUUGAUCUGAAGGUGGAUCUAGCCCUGGAGAGUGUUAUGGCCAUCUACAAGAACGUCGUACGCAGAUCCACUUUGACGGCCGGAUUGCCCGCAGCAACCCCCGUGAACCGGAAGUUAGCCGCAAUCAAGCUUUGUGAAGCUAUUCUCUCCUGCUUCGGGAUCCCAGGAGUCGAUGGAAAGACUGCUUUCGAUGUUUACGGGCGGAACAUAUUCGACAAAGAAGGCAACAGUAUCGCGACAGCGACAGCUGAAGCGAUCGCUGCCGUCUCAGCUAUCACGACCGGAAUCUUUUUAGGGAUACCAUUCUUUCUAAUUUCCGCCGGUUCCAAUGUUCCUCUUGUUGUACCAACCACAGCAAGACUCAUACUGAUGCUGGCAUGCGAUCUGAUCCUUAUGUUCAGCAGAGGAUUUCAGGAGGCAUCAGGAAAAUGCAACACUCAACCUCAGUUGGCAGACUUGGAGAAAGCCGCGGCUGCAUAUCAGGCACACUCUCCGCGAGUCCAUAAAAUGGUCAAGGCUCUUGUUCCAGGUGUCAGCAUGUGCUUCAGGAUGGACAAAAUCAAGCUUGGAAUCAAGGAGAUUCUGCAGGAUUCAAGACAGUUCUUUGCUGGAGAUAACGCAGCGCCUCCAGCCACACCCAGGCCCUCGUCAGACUCGUGGAACGAGCUUGCGAGUUUGCAAGAUACAAUCACGGAGGAUAUUACGACCAUUGAGCAAACAGGUGAAGAUAUUGUGGGGCAAGCGGAUAGGAGUGAUUCCGCAUCUUUGUUUGAUAUGCAGAGUAUGAAGACGGUCAUGCGCGAGUUAAUGGAGGCGAUGCCCUCCGCUAGAGAUAUGGUUGUCAUCAAUGCAACUUCUAUACUUAUGGACGACACCAAGAACGCACCCACUUAG